AUGAAGAAUAAGAAUGCUAAGAGCCACAUGAAGAAUGAGAAUGCUAAAAGCCACAUGAAGAAUGAGAAUGCUAAGAACCACAUGAGGGAUGGAAAUGCUAAAUGCCACAUGAGGAAUGAUAGUGCUAAGUGCCACAUGAGGAAUGACAAUGCUAAGAGCCACAUGAGGAAUGAGAAUGCUAAGAGCCACAUGAGGAAUGAGAAUGCUAAGAGCCACAUGAAGAAUGAGAAUGCUAAGAACCACAUGAGGGAUGGAAAUGCUAAAUGCCACAUGAGGAAUGAUAAUGCUAAGUGCCACAUGAGGAAUGACAAUGCUAAGAGCCACAUGAGGAAUGACAAUGCUAAGAGCCACAUGAGGAAUGACAAUGCCAAGAGCCACAUGAGGAAUGGAAAUGCUAAGAGCCACAUGAGGAAUGAUAAUGCUAAGAGCCACAUGAGGAAGGAGAAUGCUAAGAGCCACAUGAGGAAUGAUAAUGCUAAGAGCCACAUGAAGAAUGAGAAUGUUAAGAGCCACAUGAGGAAUGAGAAUGCUAAGAGCCACAUGAGAAAUGAGAAUGCUAAGAGCAACAUGAGGAAUCAGAAUGCUAAGAGCCACAUGAGGAAUGAGAAUGCUAAGAGCCACAUGAGGAAUGAGAAUGCUAAGAGCCACAUGAGGAAUGAGAAUGCUAAGAGCCACAUGAGGAAUGAGAAUGCUAAGAGCCACAUGAGGAAGCAGAAUGCCAAGAGCUACAUAGUGCAGGAGAAAUCUAAGAUACACAUGGAUAAGGAGCAUGCUAGGAGCCACAUGGAGAAAGAGAAUUUUAGAAGUCAAAAUGGGAAGGGAGAAUUGUAA